AUGAAUAAUCCCGAUUUGUAUCACGAAGCCAACGAAGUUCAACGACAUGAUUCCGCUGAAAUAUUUCGUGAAUAUUUUAAACAAUUCCAAUGGCGCUACGAUGGUCAGGAUUCCCUGAUCGAUAUUGGUUCGGGUAGCGGUAAUGUUCUCAUGGACUUGAUAUAUCCAAAUAUGCCCAAGAAUUUCGAAAGGAUUGUUUGUUCGGAUAUUAAUCCGAAUAUGGUUGACUAUGCCAGGCAACAAUAUGGCCAAUUGAAGAAGGUGGAAUUUCGAGUUCUAGAUAUUGCUGCGAGACAAAACCUCCCCAGGGAUUUAAAACAUCAAUGUUACUUCGUUCUAUACCCUAAUGUGGGUACAAAAUCAAAG